AUGAAUUUUAAAUACAGUUUUAUUUUUUUAUUUUUUAUCCAACUUGCAAUACGAUAUAAUAAUGCAAAGAUCACUGUAGACACGAUAUGUAAAGGUGGAAAACUAAUUCAAAUGAGUAAUCAUUACGAAUGUAAAUGUCCUUCUGGAUAUGCAUUAAAAACUGAAAACACUUGCGAGCCAAUUGUUAAGUGUGAUAAACUCGAAAAUAUAAAUAAAGUAUGUGGUGAAUAUUCUAUAUGUAUAAACCAGGGAAAUUUUGGCUUAGAAAAAGCUUUUGUAUGUAUGUGUACAAAUGGAUAUAUGUUAUCACAAAAUAUAUGUAAGCCAACAAGAUGUUAUAACUAUGAAUGUAACGCUGGAAAAUGUAUACUUGAUUCUAUUAACCCUAACAAUCCAGUAUGCUCAUGUGAUAUAGGAAAAAUUUUACAGAAUGGUAAAUGCACAGGUACAGGAGAAACUAAAUGUUUAUUGAAAUGUAAAGCUGCAGAAGAAUGCAAAUUGACUGGAAAACAUUAUGAGUGUGUUUCCAAACCCCAAGCACCAGGUACUGGUAGCGAAACGCCAUCAAAUAGCAGUUUUAUGAACGGAAUGUCAAUAAUCAGUAUUAUUGCAUUACUUGUUAUUUACGUGAUAGUAAUGUAA